UUUAAACAAGGGCUUAUGGAACUCGGAGAGUAUAAUAUUUAUUAAAUAUGGGCUGUAGCUGAAGCGGAACAAAAAGAAAGAAGGAAGUAGAAGAACUGAAUGUUAAAGUAGCCACAAUGAAAGAAAAAAGGAACCAGAAGAAAAAGAAGAGGGAAAUUAUAAGGAGGGUAGCGAAGAGGGAAGAGAGAAAGAUGAUGAGAAGGAAUGAGUUGCAGCAAAAUCGAUCAAGAUCAGAAUAUAAAAGGUCUAUUUCAAGUCAAAGAUCAUUUUCAAGAUGGUCUAGAAGACGAAAUAGCACACUUACUAACCGAUCCAAACCUGCUCACCGAAAUUUCUCUAUGAUCUCUCAAAGUAAUCCUCCUACAUUAAGGUCACAUUGUUCAUACCCUCAAAGGUCCGGAUUACUAUCUGCAAAUUCUUUCAAAAUCUCACAAAUUUCUGAUGAACCCUUGUUUGAAUGGAGUCUUGGAAGUUCAUCAAGUUUGAAAGGAAUAUCAGAUCCCAGCCAAAAAUCAACUUUUAGAAGAUCCAAAAAAACGUUUUAUAUGAACAAUGUCAUCUUCCUCCAUGUGUUUAAAAUCAAGAAUAAUAUCUCAUCCGAAGUGCACCCAACUUGGAACAACAUUACUAAAAAGUUUAAGGAGCACUUUCUUGGGAAGGAGUUUAAGAAGGCGGUACCUCAAAGCAAGCAAUCAGAAAAACUCAAGAACAAAUACUAUAAAUUUAUAGAUUUCUAAAGUAACUUCAAUCAUGAAAGAGCUUGGGUUAUCCCAAGGGAAAGAGGACAGAUAUGGAACUGCUCAUUUCAGAAGUGCUAAAUAACUUAAUCAAAAACCAUUUUGAAAAGAAAGUAUAUAAAAUUGCCAUUUCUAAUAAAGAAAUACCUCCUGAAAUAGUCACACAAGUUGCAGAGGAGAUUAAUGAAGGAAAAUGCAAUAUGAUGCUGAAGAAAACUCUUGAUGCAUGAAGAGAGUAUCGAGGAAUGAAGGACUUUCUUGAUAGAAUUGAUCGACUCUCAUCCUCAAAUAGCUUCCAUAAUCUGAACGGAUCUUCUUCAAGUAUAAACUCAAAAGAGGCUUAUAAGAGUCAAAUGGAUGAAUGGAGCAAUCAAGAAGAACAGAAACUUAAUUGUGUUAUAUUUUAAUACCUUCA